UUAUUUCUCUGGCUUGAGACCAAAGACAACCUUACUCCGAUCUUGUGCUUUAAGACCCCGAAGAAGAAGGAGAAGAAGAAGUAAGAUCAACGAAAUGAGCAGCAUUGGUACUGGAUACGAUCUCUCCGUCACGACCUUCUCUCCCGAUGGUCGUGUUUUCCAGAUCGAGUACGCCGCCAAAGCCGUCGACAACAGUGGAACUGUUGUUGGGAUCAAGUGCAAGGACGGAAUUGUCAUGGGUGUGGAGAAGCUUAUUGCAUCAAAGAUGAUGCUACCGGGUUCCAACCGAAGAAUCCACUCAGUUCAUCGUCAUGCUGGCAUGGCUGUUGCCGGAUUAGCAGCUGAUGGAAGGCAAAUUGUUGCACGGGCUAAAUCUGAAGCGACAAAUUACGAGAGUGUCUAUGGUGAAGCCAUACCCUUGAAGGAACUUUCUGAUCGAGUUGCGAGUUAUGUACAUUUAUGCACCCUAUAUUGGUGGCUCAGGCCCUUUGGCUGUGGGGUCAUUCUUGGAGGUUAUGAUAGAGAUGGACCUCAAUUGUACAUGGUUGAGCCAUCAGGCGUCUCAUAUAGAUAUUUUGGCGCGGCAAUCGGGAAAGGAAAGCAAGCUGCUAAGACGGAAAUAGAGAAGUUGAAGCUUUCCGAGAUGACGUGCAGGGAAGGCGUAGUUGAGGUGGCCAAAAUAAUAUACAAGCUGCACGAUGAAGCCAAGGAUAAAGCUUUUGAAUUGGAGAUGAGUUGGAUAUGUGACGAGUCAAAACGAGAACAUCAGAAGGUUCCAGAAGAGCUCCUAGAAGAAGCUAAGGCUGCAGCCAAAACCGCACUUGAAGAGAUGGAUGCUGACUGAACCGAGAGUGGUUAUGUUUGUUUAAUCUGAAAAGAAAGAAAAACAGACGCAUGCUUUUGUUUUGUUUGUAACUUUGAAUGUCUUUUGCAGGGUUUAUGUUGUUAUAGACAGUUGUUGAAGUUUGUGUUAAGGUUUGAGAGUCCGACAUCUUUGUUUUUGUUUUUAUAUGGUUUCAUUGAAAAUUGAAUUUA